AGGUAAAAUACCACUAUAGGGAACGUCACUAUAGAUAUAGUCUACAAUGUAUUACAUCUGUACCAAAUGUAACUUGGAAUAUUGUAUGUAUUUAAUGUAUUUUCCGUUUUCACUUUCAAUAUGUUUCUGUUCACUUUGCUUUUUCUUUGCUCAGUAAGUGUAAAUAUCAGGAUAGUCUCAUUCGUUGACUUUAUUCAGGUGUGGAUGGGGUUAUGUUUGGUGCACGCUUACACUAACGUUUCCCAGUGACGGAAUUUCCCGCAUGACCCGUGCAUUUGCUGUAAUUUGCAGCGCCCUGCAUGGAGGGGAAAAGCCUUAUAUGGUCGCGGAAGUGGGUGUGGCCAACAGGACAGUAGGGGAUCACAAGACUUCUGCUGAAAAGAAUCUUGUUCCAUACUCCGUAUACGAGUAAACUAGUGUGUGUUAUUGGCGUUUUGAUUCGCAUAUGUGUGCAAUAAUAACGAAAUCGCGUGCAAUUUUUGAAACGUCUCUCCCGCCAUUUUCUCAAAGAAGCCCUCCAUUUCCAUUUCUCGGUAGUUGCGUUUGUACGCGGAUGAUCUACCUCUUGACUUGAAUAUUACUGGAGUGAGGUCAGCAUAUCAUGACUCAAUCGUGGAUAAGCAUGCAGUCAUUGCUGUGCUGUUGCGUUGGUCAUUGGGCACAUGGACCGUGCCGUUGAUCUUAGGACGAGCACAAACUAACCAGAACGGUUGUCUCCUAUGAAUGGGCAACAGGCUGACUUAAAGAGCUCACGACCUAGUUUGCCAUCCCAGGAGCUUAAGAUCGGGCAGUGAAGAUAAAACAAAUAGACAUGUUAAAGCCACACUGCACUGCAACUGUUUUUUCCGCACAACGGAUGCUGCAGUUUUAUAUUUUAAAGCUUACUCGUAUUCCCACCAUGUUGAGUAGGUUUGGAUGACCAUUAACUUGGAUAAAACAAAAGAUCUGAAGGUCAGAGCAAUACUCUUGACACAUUUAUUCAUAUUGGAGAGAACUUUGUGUGGUUUGGAGAUUUAAACUUUUUUUGUCUCCCCCUGAACCACCCACGCCAGCCUUCACCAGUAUCGUUAUUCAUGAAAGUCAUGAGUUUGCAACCUCAGCCGAAGCCUAACGCAAAGAGAACAGGUAAACGUAUCACUUUCUUUGCCGACCAGGGUGUGACAAUGAAAGAAGCUUCUCAGCAUACACAAGCUCCAGCGUACUAUGGGAUUGGUGUCCCUCCCUCAGGGCCAGGUCACAAUGACAGAGGGGGUGUGGAAAGCUCCAAUGCAGAUGCGCCACAUAUGUACCUCAAUUCUGUCAUUUUCAGCCCAGAGAAGGGUGAACAAAGCCGUGGACACUACCAACAGACAAUGGCCAUGAAGUGGCCACACCAAGACCCAUCUUUGCAACCUCAACAGAGACCAAACAAUUGGUCACAAAGUUUGACAACUUGGUCCCAGAACUUUGCCCCAUACCUAGGGGCUCAGACUGCUUUUGCAAAACAAAUGCAUGAGGGCAUGCCUGUACAAAACCAGCCUCAGCAGCAGCCUGAACCUUCCACUAUCAGGGCAACCGAAAAACAAGUGGCAAGCGUGGAGAGCUUUAGGGAUGCCAAAACCGCACGGAGCAUGGACUGGGAGCAACAGCAAACCUUUCAACAGACACAAAAGCCUGGAAUGUUGAAUCCACAGCAACACAACCAACCUUCCACUGGAAAUUCUGUGCUGCAACCUUUCCAGUUAGCUUUUGGACAGCCUAAGCAGAACUUGGUAGCCGGUUACAAUUGGACUUUGCCAAAUUUGAAUUAUAAUGCACAGGCAAAUACCCAACAUCAGAUUCAGCAGUUGCAGGAGCAACAGCUGAUGCAGAGACAAAUGCAGAGGCACCACGAAAAACAGCAGCUGGAACAGCAGAUGCGUCAGCAGUCGCAGCAGCAACAGGUACUUCGUCAGAAACCGCCACAACAGAUUCCACAAACGCAACCGUUGCAACAGCACGCACAGCUGAUAAAGACUCGGCCACCACUACAACAACAUAUGCAACAACUGGACUUGGUACAACAGCAACAACCAAAAUCUGAGCCGCCACAUCAGAACCAGCAUGUAGUGGACAAAUACUGUGAUGGCCAGCAGCCACAUGCACUCUCAACUGAACAGCAUCACCCUUCAUUAACAGGACAAUCCCAGGAGACGCCCAAUCCACCGUCAACCCAGGCCCAGGAUUCUGUACCCCAACAAUCUAUUGAGACUCAUCAGCCUGGGCCCCGGAGAUCACGGCGGCUUUCUAAAGAGGGCGCGGGCCCUGCCUCCGAAAACCCAUUUGUAAUGCCGGCUGAUCAUCCAACACAAGGUUCACAAAACGGGGCUACUGAGACCAAUGCUUUGCAAGACGUCAGAGCUGCUCCUACAGGCGUAAUUCAGAGCACACGGCGUAAAAGAAGGGUUUCACAAGAGGUUAAUCUGGAAACCUUGGCUCAGAAGGCUUCGGAAAGAGAAUCUCUUCCCCCACGUAGCAUCAAGGAGCCACACAGGCCCUGGAGUCCCCCAGUGGCCCCAUCUGGUCCAGGUCGAGGGGCAGAUGAGGUGGAACAAGUUAGUGCCAAAAGGCCCAGAGAUGAAAGCCUCAUGCCGUUGGUCAUUCCCGUCUCCGUGCCAGUAAGGCAGACUGAUCCUUCAUCUCCAGACCACGAGCAGACCUCACUCUCAGCCAGUUGGCCACUGCGACCUUUGGGCUCUCACGAAGUGAGCUCCGAUUAUAAGCCAUCUGUGAUCGUCACGCGACGACGUUCGCUGCGUAACUCUUUGUCUGAGAGCACAGGCCAGAAUGGCGGAGCAGAGUGCGGAAGUGAUGCAGAUGGGAAAUCGGCCAAAGCCAAACGACGACCUCGUCCAGAACCGCUCUUCAUUCCUCCGCCCAAACUUGGCACUUUCAUUGCCCCACCAGUUUACUCCAGCAUCACACCGUACCAGAGCCACCUACGUUCACCUGUCCGCAUGCCUGACAACCCUCUCAACAUGCCUCCCUAUACUCCGCCGCCCAUCCUCAGCCCCGUUCGAGAGGGCUCUGGACUUUACUUCUCCACCUUCCUAUCAGCCGCUGCCUUUGCCAGUGCAGCAUCGAAUAAUCAGGGGCUACCUCCACCUGCCACGCCCAAGUCUGCUACCCGCAGCCUCCUACGCUCCAACAGCAGUGAUAUAACACCACCGGUGCUCUCUGCUAUGAAUGAAGCUACACCUGUCAGCAUUGAGCCUCGGAUAAACAUUGGAUCGCGGUACCAAGCAGAGGUUCCGGAGCUCAGGGAACGCUCAGCAGCCCAGCACGACCUACACAAGGCUGAACUGGUGUGGGCGCCAUUGCCUGACCUGGAGGCCAAUGCUCAGAAACAGCAGAGAGUGGACGAGCUCAUGAACCUGGCUUGCUCUAGUGCAUUGUAUGGAGGUGGGACCAAUCAGGAACUGGCCAUGCACUGCCUGUACGAAUGCAAAGGUGACAUCAUGGGGGCACUUACCUGUCUGCUGUUAAAAAACCCCAUCUUUCCCAAAGCCCACCCUCUAGCUGACUACCACUACUUGGGCUCUGACAACUGGACGACAGAAGAAAGACGAUUUUUCAACAAAGGCAUAGCCACUCACAAGAAGGACUUCUUCAUGGUUCAGAAACUGGUGAGCUCCAAAACAGUGGCUCAGUGUGUGGAGUUUUACUACACGUAUAAGAAGCAGGUGAAGAUCGGCAAGAACGGGACGCUCGUGUACGGAGAAGCAGAACCACUGGAGACUAAAGCUACAACAGAGGAGGAAGUGGACAAUAAAGUUUCACACAAAUUUGAAUCACGGAAAGACGAGGAGGAUAGCAGGAAGUGGGAAGGGUCAUGUGACGGGAAGCAAGAAAACGGCCCGGGCAGGGUGACGCAAUCUCUACAGGCCACCGACAGUGUUGCUGCCCUUCUGGUCUUAAAAAAUCAGGCAGACAGCACGAGGGACCCGUCCACAUUGGUUAGUCACGGCCCAACACCACCAUCUAAACCUCGCCCCGACACCACCAGAAAGACUGGAGCCAGCAACACAGGGAAGGGACAAACUAACCAAGAGGGGGAAUUUCCCUGCAAGAAGUGCGGCAGGAUCUUCUUCAAGGUGAAGAGCCGCAGCGCUCAUAUGAAAAGUCAUGCCGAAGCUGAGAAGAAGCAAGCUGCACUCAGACAGCGAGAGGCCGAGCAGCGGGCGGCUGAGCAGCGGGCGACAGCCGCCCUGCUGGCCGCCCAGCAGAACGGCGCGAGGGCAGAUCAGGACAGAACGAGAAGAGCCAGCAGUGACGAUUCCUCAGAGGAAGAGGAGGAUGCAGAUGACGAAGACUGGCACUAGCUAACACUCUUCCUCAUGCGAACAGACUUUUAUUUAUUUUUGUUUUUUACCAGCCAACAAGACCCAUCCCAAAACUGUUUCAGGGACUAGCUCACUCCCUUUUUGUGUGCAUGCUUGUGUGCGUUCGUGUGUUACAUGGUUGUAUGAAAGAUGUAAAGAGACUGAGAAUAAAUGCUUAAACAGCAUUCAGGGGCUCAUAUAUAGGGCUAUUGGGAGUGUAAGCCAUGCCAUCUCCAUGCGUAUGUGAACGUGAAUGGGUGCGCGUGUCUUUAAAAAUGCACUUUUGGACUCAUCCAACACACACUGAUUGGACCACAGCACAUCUCUACAGUAUCUGUGCACAGAACUCACUUAUUGUUCUCCUUACCAGUAUGGAUUCAGUGCUGUGAAUCAUGUGAAAGGACACAAACUGAAGCGAGCGGGGGACGCCGUGUUACGUGUAUGUGCACUUUCGGGCGAGUUUAGUCUUUUUUCUUUUAAAUGAAAACUAUAGUUUAUUUCUCUUCCACGUGACUGCCAAAUGCUUGCACAGACGUGUGUGCGCCUGGUCUAUCUGAUCUACAGUGCUGUAAUUUUGGGCUUUCUCUUCCGGGUAUUUUAAAAGAAUAGUUCACCUAAAAGUACGUUUUUAUUUAACAACCCUCAUGUCAUUAAUCCAACCUUUUAAAUAAGAUGCUAAAGAUAUUAUAGCAAAUGACCGGGGCUGUAAAUCUCCCAAAGCACUAUGAUGAAAAAUUAUACUGUGUGACUCCAUGCACUUUAUUUAAAAGUCAUGCCAAGGCAAAAAUCAAUGCAGUCUGGUAAAUGUGCAUGUGUGUACUUUUUGGUUUCGGUCUGUUCCUCUCCAUCAGCUGUCUUAUAGCUUCAGAUGACAUAAUAGAUAAGUUAUAUGAACUAAUUUUCUCAAAAGUAUAUUGAGUAUAUGACAAGUUCAGACAUUCAGCUUCAUUUCUUUUUCUGUUCCUCAAACGAAUAAAGUUUGGAAAUGCACAAGGGUUAGUAAAUGAAAACAAAAUCUUUUUUGGGCUGAGCUGCUCCUUUAAUUUAAAACGGUCACCUCGCUGAUGCCUUUGAUGUUUUUGACAUUUUACAUGACAAUCACUUUUACAACGGUUCCUUUUUAUACUCCAGAUUAUAAUGGUUGUCCCUGAUAUAAUCAUUUAUUGUUAUUAUAAUUAUUGUUACUAUCAGCUUUGUAUUGUUUUAUCGGAUAGUUUCUUUUUCUCAUUUGACUUGAAGAUUUAGACAUUCGCUACCUGUGAUUAUCUGCAAAUGAUUGCUGAGAGCAUGACCGUGUGUAACCAUGAUAAAGUGCAAUAGCAAUAGAGGGACUUUGAGUCCCUCGUCCACUCCGCUUCUUCAUUUUGCUCUCAGCAUCCUUGAACAAAGUAUUAUGAUAUAAUCAACUUAUUUUUGUUUUGAGAACAAAUCUUUCCAUAUCCGUUUAAUGGAACAGAGAUCUGUAGGCUGGCGAGCUUGGAUUUCUGUCUCUGCUGGCCAAACACUUAAGCACUUGGCUUUGUCUCCAUGGCAACAAAGAGUCUUCGUUUAAAGUACAGACACACAGGGGAGUUCACAGCCAGAAGUAACGACUCCAAUUAUUGCUAAUCACACUGAAGUCUUCUAUGCAGUGUGUGUUUGUUUGCAAGUUCGAAUGUGUGCGCGUGUGCAUGUGUUUAUUUGCAUGGGUGUGCAUGCGUGGUUGUGUUUGUAGGUGAUGCAUCAAAAUUCAAAACGGUUUCGAACCUAAAGCCAAGUGAGAAAAAGAAGCUUCCCGGACUAUUUAAUGUCUUUUGUUACGUUUAAGAAAACUAUAUAUUAUAUAUUCCUGUUCGUAUAUGUGAAAAGACUGAUUUGCUCAAAUAUGAAGACAUGGGGCAUUUGUCAAAACGAUUUAGCCAAGCUUUGUAUUAUUGUUCAUGCUGUUCAGAUAUAUAAUAUUCUAAAAUAAUGAAUUUUGGGUACGCUGCGAGGGUGCAGCUACCGUUUCUGUCUUUCAUUCAGCCAAGGGAAAUUCUUAUGUAGACUUUAAAAGUAUGGGAAAUGCUUAAAACUGUAUGCACACUUUCUAUGCUAUUUUCAUAGGGGCUUGUACACUAAUAAUGGAUGUGGAAAGAUUUCUGAAGUGCUUUUUACUACAGUCUAACUUAUUGUAUUUCAGUUGUGUUUUUCUCACGUGUUUUAGGAUAAUAAAUAUGAUAAAACACAAUAAAACGUGGCAAUGUUUGUAAUGUAAAUGUAAAUGUGUAUGUUAAUUGGACACAUAUUGAUAAGAGGGAACAAAAAUUAAAAUGACAAUGAGGAUUUUUU